AUGGUAGGCAGCGAGGUCGAUGUGGUCGAGGCCGACGUUGGAGCCGACGACGUAAUAGAUGAAGGGGAAGCGAUCGAGAGUGUCAGAGAUAGAAAUUCCUCGAAUCCCGGUUGUCUCUGUCAUGACUAUGACCACAUUGUUCCCGACUCUAACCCAAGAAGCUUCCCUUACAGUGUGAAGCAACAAUGCUGGCAAAAAGCCGAAAAGGUCAAAGGCCGAGACCCAGAUCGAUGGAGCCCAGACGCUCUCGGCAACACUGUGUUCCGGAAGCUCGUGGGCUGUCCCGGUUGUCUCUGUCAUGACUAUGACCACAUUGUUCCUUACUGUAAGGAGGGGAAAAGCACAUUGGAAAACUGUCAAGUUUUACAGGCAACAGUUAAUCGAUCAAAGGGAAAUCGAAUUGAGAUAUCAAAAGCCGAUGUUAUUCAGAAAAGUUCAUACUGCAGGGUUUCAGGCAUUUGCAGGCCUUGUAAUUCCCAGCAUGGUGGACGAAAAUGAUUUAGGAGCUCUAUUAAUUGGAGAAAGUAUCAUAAUGGCUAGUGGAUUAUUUUUAAAUUCUAGUGCAGGUCGCGACAUGGAUCUUCUUGAAUUAUCAGCAUAUGGCAAUGUCAGACGCGGACAAGACUCCAAGGGAUGUAAGAUUCAGUGACAUCUUAAGGGUGACAAUUUAAGAGCUUAAAAUCAAUUUUGUGGAGAAUUUAACAAUCAUCUACCAGUGAUGCCUUGUGAGAUUGCUGACUGAUAAAUAAUCUCUCUCUCUCUCUCUCUCUCUCUCUCUCUCUCACUAUCUCUCAAUAAUAUCAGUGCUCAGUGUGUGUAGUGGUGGCCUCCGGGCCCAACCUGUCUAGCCUAGCUUGAUAUUUUUAGGGCUUGGAAUCAGUAUUUUGGCCCAAAGGGCCAGUGGGUUGCAAGAACAUGGUCCUGUUGCUUAGUUUGGUUUUGCUUAGUUUUUGAAAACCGUUUUUGAGUUUUUUUUGUAUUUUUUUCAUCUUUAGUGAAACUUUUUAAUAU